UGAGAACCUUUCUGGAUUCGGUUCUCGUAAAUUAGAGCGGAGUGAGCGCUCUUAACGUCCACCUCAUCUCGGACCUGGAACGGUCUCAUCUCCAUGGGAUUACAAUAUAGUGGCAAAAACAUGACGACGUCUUCCCUUCCCGUCCUCGAGGGCAGCGACCCCCGACUCAAACUGACGGUGGGAAACAGAAUACGAAACGUUUUUGUCACACAGUUGGAAGACACCAGACACAGAAAAGAGGAACAUGUCAACUAUUUACCUGUUGUGACAGAGACUUCCAGCAGAGUCCUUGAGGCAGGAGUGAAUACUUUGCUAAAGACCCUGGUUCUGAAGAAACAGGCUGAGUUGGACAAGGUGGACCAGCAACUCACACUCAAACGACAGGAGUUUAAGAACCGCAUGGAGGCUCUAUCCUGGAGAAAGUCUGAACUGGAACUAAAACAACAGCAGACUACAGAGAGGUUGAUGAAGUUUGAGAAGUUUGUGGCUGAAAAUGAAGUGAAGCGACGCCGAGCGCUGCAGAAGUAUGAGGCGACACUUGAGCUGGACAUUUCUAAACAGAGAGAGAUAGGAGAUCUGACAGAUCAGCUGAAACAACUGAGAGCCAGAAAGCAAGUUUUAAAGGAGAGAAUGUCCAAAUACAAAAUCUAUGAAGACUAUUUGAUGAAAACAAUAGAUCAUUUCCCAAGCACUUACCUUGAUAAUGGGUCUGAAUCUUUGGUUAUGCCCAUCAUUCGGCGCCAUGAGACCCUGACCAUCACCCACCAGGAGCUGCUGCAGCGUUUGAGGAGUCUGGAGGAGGAGGUGGAGCAGGGCAGGCCACAACUGCUGAUCAUGAAGCAGGAGCACAGUAUUAAAACAUUGAUGGCCAAUAAAGAACUGUCUGAUCUCCAGAGUGAAUUAGAAACCCUUAGAGAGACAAACAAGCAGGCAGAGGUUAACCUGCUGCUGGAGCAAGACCUGUCCAGACAGAAGGUUGAAGAAGAGGGUCGCUUGCUUAUGGCAAUCAACAAUCUUGCAGAGCAGUGCUAUCUAUCAACAUAUGGACCGCUGGAAAACAUGAACAUGCUGACAAUGAUGGACAUGGUGAAGGAGUACAUCCUGGACAAGGCAGACACGGAGAGGAGAGCAAGGAGACUGAUGGAGUCUGGGUCUGCCAUGACAAGUCGAAACAGCUCCGACAGACAAAAGAGAGAGGGGGUUAAUGAAAAGCAUCCGCAGUAAAAUACAAAUUAAAAGUUCAAGUAAAGUCAGUUGAAAGAGUGAGACAUGGUGGCACUGUUAAAGCAAUCAGCUGUGUGUUGAGUGGAAGCUGUAGUUUGACAAGAAAAAGUACAACAUGACAAGUAUGACACCUAAGAAAACUACAUCUGCGAAUGAAGAACCCGGGAUUAAAACUCUGGAAAAAGCAAGUAAACACACGUUGUGGUAGGAUAUUGUUGUCAUCAUCUAUAAGUGGUCUGACUUUCAUUUUUUUGUCAGUGUCAGUGUUCAAAAUGAGUGUUCAAUGAAAAAUGCUAUGGACCACCUGACCUUCCUGUUAUAAGUACACAUCGUGCAGGACCAAAUGCUGCAACCAUUUACAAUUUCUUAAGUUAAGUAAGAAGUUAGUUAAAUUAAGUAAUAACCUGUUUUUUUUUAUUAUUUCUAUUUUUUAAGCAACUUUCACCAAAUUCCUUGUAUUGUGUAACGAACUUGGCAAUAAACAGUACUGAUUCUGA